AUGACUUCAAGAGAAGAAAUGUUAUGUCUUGAUGAUGAUCAUAUUUCGUCGAUCGAGUUAACAACGCGAGAAGAACUAGCCAUUCGUCAUCGAGGAAUGACGAAUGAAGAGCCACAUGAGCGGAUAGUGAUAUAUCUUUCACAAUCCGGAUUAUAUGGAGUGACGUUUCUUCGCGAAUUUAAGGUGAUGACGACACUGAUAUCGGCGUUGAUUGAGCGUUGGAGGCCCAAAACGUAUACGUUUUAUUUACCUUGUGGUAAAGUGACGAUAACUUUGGAAGAUGUCGCGUAUCAACUUGGCGUUCCAAUUAAUGGUAUGCCAUUGGUUCUUCGCAACACUUAUUCGCUAAAUGUUGUUAUUUCAAAUUUAUUGGGAAAUGAGGCUCCAACUGAUGUCAUUGAUGGGUUGCGGAUACGGAUGAUGUGGCUGGAAAGAGAUUUUAGAGUAGAUGAACAAUCAACGAAGCAAGAGGUGAUAUAUGCAGCUCGAGCAUAUCUUAUGACAUUGAUUGGAGGGAUCUUGCUAUCAGAUAAAUCUAACAAUUUGGUGCAUAUCCAAUAUCUUCCAAUAAUGGAGGAUUUCACUGUAUGUCGCCAAUAUAGUUGGGGUUAUUCAAUUUUGACAUUUUUGUAUCAUGAACUAUGUAAGGUGACUGUAGUUGUUAGAGGAAAAAAAGUGGAUGUAGCGGGUUGUUUAGUUUGGCUCCAAUCAUGGGCGUGGUAUCGUCUCCCAUUUAUGACGCCUAUUACAUCCGCUCCUAUGGAGUUUCCUCUCGCCGCAAGGUAA